GGAGAGCACGUUCUUUGUGACAAAAUUCAGAUUCAGAUUAAGAAGCAGAAGUGCUUAAUAAAACUAAAUCACCACAGCUUCAUCUAGUGGUGUUGUGCAAGAGGUGCAGCACUUUGAAAUCAGUUGAGAACGGGUGAUAACUGCUUUGCAGCAUCCAAGCAGACCCUCAGAGAAGACCUUUGCAUGACGAGAAGGAGAACAUUGGCACGGCUCGUGUUGUGAGAUGUGGUAUACCAACCAUGGCAAGGGGUCUGUUGCCAUGGAUCUGCCUGAGAAAGCCCAUCUACAUCCAGGCCCGAUUUUCCUACCUGCACAUGAAGUACCUGUUCUUCUCCUGGCUGGCCGUGUUUGUGGGCAGCUGGGUGGUGUACGUGGAGUACUCCUCCUACACAGAGCUGUGCCGGGGCAGGGAGUGCAAGAACGCAAUCUGUGACAAAUACAGGACGGGGGUGAUUGAUGGCUCGGCAUGCAGCAGCCUGUGCGAGAAGGACACUCUCUACCUUGGGAAGUGCCUGUCUGCCAAGCCCAACAACCAGGUGUAUUCUGGGAGCUGGGGAGACCUGGAGGGAAUCAUUAAGUGCCAGAUGGAGGAGGUGCCUCACUAUGACCUGGUGGCCGAGAUGGAGCCCAGGAAGGAGACAGCAUCUUUCGACAAGCCCACCAAGGGCACCUCUGUGGAGAAAUUUAAAGAGAUGGUCCUGGGCCAUCUGAAGACAAAAGUGGGUGAUCAGGCUAACCUUCAGAACCUGGCGACCUUGGUCCUCGGGGUGGCCGACGCCAACAAGGACGGUCAGAUCUCGCUGUCGGAGGCGCGCUCGGCCUGGGCCCUGAUCCAGCUCAACGAGUUCCUCCUGGCCGUGGUGCUGCAGGACCGCGAGCACACGCCCAAGCUGCUGGGCUUCUGCGGCGACCUGUACGUGGUGGAGAAGGUGCCGUACGCGCCGCUCUACGGCCUCAGCCUGCCCUGGCUGCUGGAGCUGUGGAUCCCGGCGGGCCUGCGGCGCAGCAUGGACCAGUGGGUGACGCCGUCGUGGCCGCGCAAGGCCAAGAUCUCCAUCGGCCUGCUGGAGCUGGUGGAGGACGUCUUCCACGGCACGUACGGCAGCUUCCUCAUGUGCGACGUGAGCGCGGCCGGCUUCGGCUACACCGAGCGGCACGACCUGAAGGUGGUGGACGCGCGGCGCAUCGUGCCCGAGGCCGCCUUCCAGGAGGCCAUGCGCGAGCGCCGCUGCGAGGCGGACGGCGACUGCGUGUACGGCGCCGACUGCCUGACCACGUGCGACCUCACCAAGCGCCGGUGCACCACCGAGGUGACGCGGCCCAACCUGGCCAAGGCGUGCGGCGCGCUGAAGGACUACCUCCUGUGGGGGGCGCCGGCGGACGUGCGCGAGGAGCUGGAGAAGCAGCUGUACGCCUGCAUCGCGCUCAAGGGCGCCACCGAACAGAUGGAGAUGGAGCACUCGCUCAUCCUCAACAACCUCAAGACGCUGCUCUGGAAGAGGAUCUCACACACCAAAGACUCCAAGUGAGGGGAGGCAGACCAGGCGAGACACCUGUCCAGGUGGGGGAGGAACGGCCAGGCGAGGCAGAAGCUCCUGUGAAUGCUGUUCCUGGUGGGUAUGAUGCAUCAGGCUGGCCUUUCGAACGCGUGCAAUCUAGGCUGGGAAAAUGUGAAUUACUACUACUUUUUUGAUCAGGUCGCCACAGAAUGAUUGAUCCGACUGAUUUAUUUAUAACUUGUCUCUAAAUUAUUGCCACGUUUUAAUUGAGGACGAUGGACAUCUUUUUGUCCACUAUAACCUUUUUUUUUAAAGAUGCCCUACAUGGACCAAAACGGUUAAAAGAUUCAGGGCCCUAAUUUGAAUGAUGGGUCAAGUGCAAAGUUCUGCAGUGGGCAGAAAUGAACUAAAGCUAAUUU